ACCCUCAAAAUUGCUGCUUUUGGCUUGCCUUUGGAUUAGUAAUUGUCAGAAUGAUUGCCCGGAUCCUUGCCGCCGUAGCCGAUUCCAUGGAUAUUCCGGUGGCUGCCGGUGGAUCAGUGCUGGGUACCAUCAAAAUCGCUGUGAUGCCAAUUGCCAAGGUUUUCACCAUGUGCUUCUUGGGUCUUCUCAUGGCCUCCAAGUACGUUAACAUCUUGCCUCCCUCCGGCCGCAAACUCUUGAACGGGUUGGUCUUCUCGCUUUUGCUUCCCUGCUUGAUCUUUUCCCAGCUUGGACAAGCCGUCACUCUCCAAAAAAUGCUUCAGUGGUGGUUCAUUCCCGUGAACGUCGUUCUUGGCACCAUCUCUGGCUCGAUAAUCGGUUUCAUAGUUGCUUCCAUCAUUCGUCCCCCUUACCCUUAUUUCAAGUUUACAAUCAUACAAAUUGGAGUUGGCAAUAUUGGCAAUGUGCCUCUUGUUUUAUUAGCGGCUUUAUGUAGGGACACCUCCAACCCUUUUGGUGACUCCGAAAAAUGCAGCAUUGAUGGCACUGCUUAUAUCUCUUUUGGUCAAUGGGUUGGUGCUAUCAUCCUCUAUACAUAUGUGUACCAGAUGUUUGCUCCUCCUCCAGAAGGGUUUGAUGCUGAAGAAGAAAAUCUUGCUUUGAAAAACCUUCCAGUAGAUACUACUCCAGAGCGAGUCCCCUUGCUUACUCAGAAUUUUCCCAAGGACUUUUCGCCGACUCAAGAUCUUUUGCCCGUACAGAGCACCGAACCUAGAGGAAGAGUGGUUUCAAGGAAAGGCAAGAUUACACAGAUCUUUGUUUUCCUCUAUGAGAAGUUGAAACUGAAGCAAAUUGUCCAGCCUGCAAUAGUUGCUUCGAUCCUUGCCAUGAUACUCGGUGCAAUACCUUUCACAAAGAAGUUGAUAUUCACAAAUGGUGCACCUCUAUUCUUCUUCACAGACAGCUGCAUGAUUCUUGGGGACGCGAUGAUACCGUGUAUCUUACUGGCACUGGGGGGAAAUCUCAUUAACGGACCAGGAAGUUCAAAACUUGGUUUCAAGACAACAGCAGCUAUUAUAUUUGGACGGUUGGUGUUGGUGCCACCAGUAGGACUAGGAAUAGUGACACUAGCAGACAAACUUGGGUUCCUUCCUGCUGAUGAUAAGAUGUUCCGAUUUGUGUUACUCCUUCAGCACACAAUGCCUACAUCAGUACUCUCAGGAGCUGUUGCCAACCUUAGAGGCUGUGGAAGGGAGUCAGCUGCUGUGCUAUUCUGGGUCCACAUUUUCGCCAUCUUCUCAAUGGCUGGAUGGAUGGUACUGUACAUCAACAUACUCUUCUGAAUUCUUCUUCUUAUUGACACAUUCUUCUGCUACUAAACAAUACGUCGGUGUAAAUACAGUGGCAUCUCCUAU